AUCGAGUAUUUUACUCAUGUGAUUACUACACACACUCGAGUCGACAUCCCGCUGGUCAGAAUUCGUAAUUUCAUAGAACUCUGUUCCUUCGUUUCUCGUUCGUUGAUAUAAUUCGAAUAGAUCGUAAAAUGGGAGCAUCCGUAGUACCAAUAUUAGUAUUUACCAUUUUGUGGGGAGCUGUUGGUAUAGCUUUACCUUGUUUCGUACCUACUGGACCAAAUCGUGGAAUACUACAAGUUGUUCUCAUAUUAACAGCGUUUACUUGUUGGUUAUUCUGGUUGUGUUGUUACAUGGCGCAAAUGAAUCCAUUAAUUGGACCAAAAUUAUCAAACACGACUAUACUAAUGAUGGCUCAAGAAUGGGGUUCAAAGAUCGAACAAUGAACAAAUAAAUGUAAUUGAUGUAAUAUGAAUUUCUCUGUAUGUAUAUAUAUACUUCUUAUAAAUUACUUAAAUGAAUAUAUUCCAAGAAACUAGGGUAUACCACUGUUAUAUAGACGAUAUGCUUCUAUUUAUCAAUAUGAAAUUACAAUUAUGUGUAUAUAUCUAUAUAUAUAUAAUUGUAAUUUCCAAGUUAAAAUAUUUGUACAAAUAAUCUUAGGUUACAUAUAUGAUCCAAAUAACAAGUGUCGUAUUCGUAAUACAAAUGGUUUCUUCUCGAUUAAUUGUAAGAUAUAAUCACGUACAUUUUUGUCUUCGAAUAUCCAUCUAUAUUAGUAUUAUUAUUAUAAUAAUUAUUAUUAUUGUUGUUGUUGUUGUUAUUAUUAUUGAUUGAAAAAAUUGUAGUAGAAAUUAACCCAGUUAGUUCUAAAAUGUAAUUGAAAUUUUAUGUUCCAUGCUCAAGACAACAAAGAUGGUAUUGCUUUUAUUAUUAUACCUUGUAAAUAUAAACUGCCAAAGUUGUAUCAAUGUGCAUUUAAAAUAAUUCCAUAAAAAGAAAUUGGAUCAAAGUGUACAAGAACCAUUUUAUCAAGUAAAUUGAAUUUUUCAAUUUUCUUCGCUAAUUCAACGACUAAUCGUAAAACUAAUUAUCGAUAACUUUAUUUUGCAAUUAUUACAAAAUUGUAGUAGUUAGCAAAAUGUAUGUUUUAUUAUUAAAAAAAAUCUAUUAUAUA